CAGUCGUUUGCGCGCGUCGUCCGCGAUAGCUUGUGUAUGUGUUACCGCUCUCCGCGCGCUGUGUCUGUGUUUACAAGUGUUGUUUUUGGUUAUAACCGAAUAUAAUAACAAGUGAACGGUGCUUGUGGCAUAGUGAUAACAUUAUUCGGUCUCAACAUUGCGACAGUUGAUAAACGAUAGUGGUACGCGUGGAGCAGACUAACACGGCAGGCGCCGAGCUCAGCUCUGGUCAUGCGGAGCGGGCCGGGCCGGCUCGGCGCGGCGUGAUGCGGCGCGCGUGCGGCUGGGUCGCGUGGCCGGCGGUGGCGUGUGCGCUGCUGCUGGCUUGCGACCAUGCGGGGGCUGUGGACAUGCUGGCCCCUGGCAUAUGCCCAUCGAUGGAUAUCAGAAACAAUCCAGACGCGAUGGAAAAACUAGCAGCAUGUCGGGUGAUCGAAGGUCACCUCAGCAUCGUCCUGAUGGAGCGCGCCACGUCCGCCUCCUUCCAGAACGUCAGUUUCCCGAAACUUCGGGAGGUUACCGGCUACAUAUUAAUAUAUAGAUUAAAAGGUGUGCGUAACCUCGGUGACCUGUUCCCGAACCUUUCUGUGAUACGAGGCAUGCAGUUAUUCAAGGAUUUCGCUCUAGUUAUAUUCGAUAAUGGCCUUGAGUCCUUAGGACUUCGCUCUCUUACGAGGAUAGAGAGAGGCGCCGUCCGCAUUCAGAACAACGAUCGUCUAUGCUAUGCCAACACCAUAGACUGGACCCAGAUCAACGAGGAAGCCGGCAAUAAUAUAAUCAGGUCAAACUACGACACGCGUCUGUGCGGUCUGUGUCCGAACGCGCAAAGCCGGAUGACAGACCAUAAGCAGGGCCAGUUUCAGUGCCCAUCAGAUUUCAUGGGUCGUUUGAUGUGCUGGGACGACAAACACUGUCAGAAAAAAGAUUGUCCAUCAAAAUGCGGCGAGCGUCCCUGCAUGUCGGACGGCAGGUGUUGUCACCACACGUGUCUCGGCGGAUGCGACGGGCCCUCUCCCAGCGACUGCCAUGUCUGCGCCAACUUCUCUCUCGGCUACGACGACAAACGCACCUGUGUUGAUCGUUGUCCAGCAAAUACUUACGAGUUAUCGAGGCGCUGUGUGACGGAGCACGAGUGUCGCUCCACGCCUCCACCGCAGAACGACGUGGUGGACGCGGCUCAGCGUGCACCCACCAUACGGGCGUACAAGCUGCUCUUCAACCGCUCCUGUGUUUACUUCUGUCCCAACGGAUAUAUGGAGGUUGGCGACAAACACAACUCCACAUGUCAACGGUGCCCCAAUAGUGGUUGCAAGCUCGAUUGUUCGGGUGGCAAGAUAGACUCUAUCACAUCUGCUGAACUGUUCCGGGGCUGCACUCACGUCAAAGGCACGUUAGAUAUAUCUCUUCGAACCGGGGGUGGUAACACGAUGACCGUGAUGGAGCAGGCGCUGGGCGAGAUCCGCGAGAUCUCAGGCAGUUUGCGCGUGGUGCGAUCGUACCCACUCGUGUCACUAAUGUUCCUGCGCAACCUUCACACCAUCGGCGGCCGGGAAAACGACAAUAAAGGGCAGAGCCUAUACAUAUUCAACAAUCCAAACCUGGAGCUGCUAUGGAACUGGUCCAAUCACGGCAACAUAAUAGUCGAGAAAGGCAAACUGUUCGUACAUUUCAACCCGAAGCUGUGCUACAAGAAUAUAGAGGAGCUCAAAAACAUGACCCGCGAUCCGAUCUCCACUUUCAGCGAGAACGAAGUGUCGCGCGACAACAAUGGAGACCAGGCUUCUUGUUACGAGGAGAUGUUGCACUUGAAGGUGCACGAGCUACGCCAGGAAGUCGCCAUUCUCACGUGGAACAUGUACUGCAUCGACGACAUGCGCAAGUUGCUCGGCUUCUCCAUAUACUUCGUUGCCGCCGACCACAACGUAACUCUGUACGGCCAGCGUGACGCUUGCUCUGACACAUGGAAUGUUCGGGACCAAACGAUCGAAGAAGUGCUCAACAAAACCGUAACCAACCCGCCGCCUACAAAGACUAAGGAUAAGAAGGUGUUACUAGAGAGCUCAUGCAGUGAUGUUCAGCCGCUGUUCUACGCGCUCACGAAGCUCACGCCCUUCACACGCUAUGCUGCAUACGUCAAGACCUACACCACACAGCAGGACAAGCGCGGCGCGCAGAGUCCCAUUAUAUACUUCAAGACUCUGCCCGGAUCGCCCAGUCCGCCAAUAGGCUUAACCGUGGACGUGUUGAAGCAAAACUCUGCAACCAUCAAAUGGCAGGCGCCUACGAUGUCCAACGGCACCAUCGCCUUCUAUCACGUCGAAGUGCAAGCCAAUCACUACAAUCGCCCCAAAAUUCUCGCACUCAACGUCGAUUACUGCACCAAUCCGAACGCCCUAGUGAACCUGAUCGCGGUGCGUGGGGAAGAGGGUACGGGCACUGAGAAGAAGGAUCAAAACCUGACUGGCGACGUGAAGGGGGACACGUGCAUGUGUCGCGAUGACACGCGACCGACCACACGCUUUAGCUCCGUCGCCGAGGAAGAGCGCAUCGAGAGCAUCGACUUUGAAAAUGCAGUGCAAAAUCUGGUGUACGUGAAGAAGCCCGCGAACGAAUCUUCUUCUAAUGAGUCCUCCGCAAGCCGAAUUCGUCGCUCCAUCGACGUCAGCGUCAACAGCAUGCUCGUCAUUCUCAGUUCCGCCCACGUACCUUUCUUCGGCAGCAACUACACCAACGUCACCGACGGAAAGUACGUAAAGAGUUUGUACUACGACUUGGAGGGGGGCGCGCGGUCGCUCACGGUGGAGAAUAUGCGGCACUUCACAUGGUACACUGUCAACGUGUGGGCGUGUCGCGAGAAGCACGAGAACGAGACCCAGGGCGACUACGAGAUGUCGUUUUGCUCGCCGCGCGCUCAUUACACCUUCCGUACGAUGGAAAAACUAAAUGCUGACGUCGUAAAGAACCUCAACGUUGCAGUUUUAAACAAAACCCAGCCCGAAGUGAAUGUGACGUGGCUACCUCCGGAGGACCCGAAUGGCUUCGUUGUAGCGUACAGUGUUCGCAGCUCUCGCGUCGACGAUAGCAGUCAGGAGUUGGGUCUAGCGAGCUGCAUCACGGCGGAUGACUACGAGGCGUUGGGGCGAGGGGUGUCGGUGCGCAACCUAGCGCCCGGCAACUAUUCUGUGCGUGUCAUACCGCUAACCCUCAGCGGCGCGGGCAACGUGUCCGCUGAUCGUUACGUCUUCAUACCGGAGCGCACGGCGGAGUUAAGCUACGAGUGGGUAUGGGGCGUGGUCGGCGGCUGCGCGGCGCUGUUGGCAAUCAUCGCCGGCGGGAUAUGGUACGCGCGGCGUGCCUUGCUUCCCCUGGCGGAGACCAACAAGCUGUUUGCCACCGUCAACCCCGAGUACGUCUCCACCGUGUACGUGCCCGACGAGUGGGAGGUGCCGCGAGGUCACAUCGAGUUUAUACGGGAGCUCGGACAAGGCUCUUUUGGCAUGGUAUAUGAAGGUCUUGCUAAGAAUAUUGUCAAAGGCAAACCGGAAACUCGAUGCGCUGUGAAAACUGUCAAUGAGCAUGCCACUGACAGGGAGCGCAUCGAGUUCUUGAACGAGGCGUCGGUAAUGAAGGCGUUCGAUACGUUCCACGUGGUGCGGCUGUUGGGCGUGGUGUCGCAGGGACAGCCCACACUAGUGGUAAUGGAGCUGAUGGAGUGCGGUGACCUAAAGACGUACUUGCGCUCGCACCGUCCCGACUCGGAGUCGUCGCUGCCCAAGAAAGGGACAGCUAAUGUGCCGCCCACGCUGCAAAGUAUACUGCAGAUGGCUAUAGAAAUAGCGGACGGCAUGGCCUACUUAUCGGCCAAGAAGUUCGUGCACCGCGAUUUAGCGGCACGAAACUGUAUGGUGGCCGGAGACCUCACCGUGAAGGUGGGCGACUUCGGCAUGACCAGAGACAUUUAUGAGACUGAUUACUAUAGGAAGGGCACCAAGGGCCUACUGCCCGUCCGGUGGAUGAGCCCUGAAAGCUUAAAAGAUGGGGUGUUUUCAAGUAACACCGACGUGUGGAGCUAUGGGGUUGUAUUAUGGGAGAUGGCCACGCUCGCUAUGCAGCCAUAUCAGGGGUUGUCGAACGAGCAGGUAGUUCGGUACGUGGUUGAGGGCGGUGUUAUGGAGCGACCAGAACACUGCCCCGACCGCCUCUACGAGCUGAUGCGUGCGUGUUGGGCCCACCGACCCAACCAGAGGCCGUCCUUCCUCCAACUCGUGGCUGACCUGGCGCCCGCCGCGCAGCCGUACUUCCGACACCGCUCCUUCUUCCACACGCUGCAAGGCCAAGAGAUAUACGCGUUGCAGCGCACCGCCAUGGUGGAGGAGGAGAGUGAGUCCGCGGAGGUGAACGUGGGCGCGGUGGCGACGGGCUCGGGCUCCAACCUGUUCGGCGUGUCCGGGCGGCUGGCGUCGUGGGUGCGAGAGCUGUCGUCGCUGCGCUCGCGCGCCGACGACGACGCGGCCGCCGAGCCGCUGGCGCCGCCCGAGCCGCGCGCCAUCCCGCUCAAGGCGCGCGCGGCGGGCCCCAACGGCGUGCUGCGCGAGCAGACGUGCUAGCCCCCGCGCCCCCCGCACCGAUAUCUACCUCAGGCCGCGGCGCCGCCCGGCUCUUCGAAUCCUAGGAGUAAGCGUAGCUAGUGAAUCGUUCGCAGCGUCGUUUUAUUUAUUACCGCCGUCCGCCGUGACCCGGCGGCCUCUGCAUUUAUCAGGUCGAGCGCCGCGCGGGUCCCGCCGGGACCGAAGAGCGGAGUGAAUCCUAUAUAGUUUACCUCAGUAAAAUAGUUGUAUCGAUGUCAUUUGUGACGCAGCCUAUUAUCGUUAAGUUUACCGUGUAAGCUGUAAAGUGUGUAUAGUACCUAACCGUGACGUAGUGAGGUCGUGUACAAAUUACUUUAGUUCGUUACUUUAUAUUUGACCUUCGAGAGCUCCCGUUCCGGAUGGAAGCGAAUGUCCGAGCGAGUGUCGAAUUUGUAGUUUAGCUUAAGUUUUUGUUAUUGUUGUAAGCGCUUUUUUUGAAAGCGCAUCGCUUACCGCGAUGCAGGUUUGCCACUCGUCGCGUCUGUUGAUAAUACUCAAAGUUCGAUCGGCGUAUCGUUUUCGUUUGUCGUUUCUAUUUUAUAAUGAGGAAAUAAUUUUCAUAGAUCGGAUUUAACCACCAAAGACUUGAUACAAAUCAAAACGCUAAAUUAAGAUUUUAUUAUUAUAUUGUAUUUAGAUACGUUAUUAUUUUGUACAUGUAGCGCUCUUUGCGUCGAAGGCGUCCCUUCGAGUACAUAAGACGAAACUGAAAUCGAUGUGUUCCGUAUCAAUUACAAUGCAAUAGAUAUUCUGCCAUUGUUGUUACAUAGUCGUUAUAUAUGAUAAUUUUACAAUUAAUGCGUAGCGUGAAUUACCUAUACUCUGUAGCCAAAGUCUAGCUGACACGCUAGACCUUUAUACAUAUAACUGACAAGUGGACUCGCGUAGAGCUACGAUCGAUCAGUUGACUAAAUAACUUAUUAUCCCAGUGGACGGCGACGACGGCCACCGGACGUCGCAGUCGUACGCGUCGAGUAACGGGGAGCAUGUAUUGAUGCUUUUACAGUAAUUCAUUAGAUUAACGAGUUAUAUUCGAAAGUUUUAAGAAAAAUUUAAAAUAGUUAAAGAUUUUAAUAGCAUUCUUUAUUAUGUAAAAUAUACGCUAGACGCACUAUAUGUUACAGUAUGAAAUAGUGAGCUAUUUGUACAAUAGUUGUAUAUCCAACCAAAGUUAGACUCCAUUAUACAACAAUCCUGGACAUUGGACCGCGUUCCGCGCGGGCGGGGGCCAAUGUGAUAAUGAUAACUUUACGAUAAUGUGGUUUAAGGGUAUAAACGAGUGCCUUCAGAAAUCCAGCCUUCAUUGGAACGCAGGAUUGUUGAUUGAAAGAGGAACAUGACACGAAUACACGAAUGUUGGUUUUUUAUUUUUUAAUUUGUGAGGUGGAGCGUUGCAUUAGCUACAUUUAUUAAUUAAAUUUUAACAUAAUUAUAUAAUAAUUUACCUUUAUUACUGACAUUUUUAUUUACAAACUGAUAAAAUGGUAUAUGUAUAUACAAACCGUUCCUAUUAUAAAGACUAAGAUAAUAAAAACAAAUGCAGGUACCACAAGUUGUUGGUUGAAGUGACUUACAGCCGAUCUAAAGAAGUUAUCAUAUUGAUGCAUUCCUUACAUUUCCCAUACUCCCUUAAUUACAUACUUACUACAACUUCGCAGGGAAAUCCCCAUUACAUCUGAUCACAUACGGAAGUUUCACCAAACAGACCAUUGUUAAACUGGUUGUGCCCAGAGUGUCUAGAGUAUUGUCACUAGAUGGCGCUUUUGCAAUUCUAUACAAAAAGUACAAAAAGUAGUACUUCUACGUGAUAAAAUAGGCACUUUGUCUCCGUAUGAGUUUCUCCGUUUCCGCUUCCGUCACUUUCACACAAAGUGACGGAUUUCCUAAACAAUACUAUGUAUGUAUCAUUAGUUUACAUGAAACUAGCACUGAUGCUACAGGACCCCAUUUUAACGUCGCAAACUGUAGUUACUGAGUUUAACGAUUGAAAAUCAGGGCCCUGAUUGGUGGAGCCUUUCCCUGUGUCAUGUUUGCGAAUUUGAGUGUUGCACAAAUUAAAUAGCAGUUCGGGCAAUUUUAACGACGCAAUGAUGCACUUAUCUUAUUAUUACUUUGUUACAAAAACUUUUGUUUUUAAUGUAACAAAAUUUGAUUUUAAUAAAUACAAACUGUACCGAUUGCCAAUAAACCAAAUGAUCAAUUAUUUAUUAAUAACGCGUUGUAAAAAAAAAAAAAAAAAUAUUAAAGACGAAAAAAUAUAGGAAGUUGUAAACUUAACUUUGCCUCGGAUUAUCUUAUAAUUAACAAGCUAUUGUGACGUGAGACCUCUUUCUGACGUUUCGAGACGUUUUUCUUUAACUAAGGACAGCUAAAGUAGUUAAUAUAAAUAACAGAUACGAGAAUGGGCUUAGUGGUGUGGACUUUUUAGAUGAAUUUGCUAGUACUCGUAUGUUAUUUAUACAACGUAUUAUAAAUCGCGUCUGAUAUUUGGAUUUGAUCCACGCAAUUUAAACUUAAUUAAAAAUAUUGUAUAUAACUACUGAUUACGUACGCAUUGUUAAUAAAUUGUUAACAAUUAAAAUUACACAUGUUCUGCAACAUUUCUAAUUGUAUAUUUGAAAUGGUCUCAAGGCGCGUUGCAUUUAAUCUUCAACUUUCUUUUCCAGUGAAUUAACCAGUUUUUGUAAUAAAAAAUGAGAAAAUCGAAACUAAGAUAUUGCAAAGUGCCUUUAGAUUCAAUACAAAAAUAAAUAUUACAGAUCACCAUGAGUAGUUCCUAUUUUUUCAAUUUAGCAUGAAGUCGUCGAACAAAAUGGGUCAAUUUUUCUCCUUAUGUUAAAUAGAAAUAUAAACGAACUUUUCAUCUGAUCUGAGCUCACUUGAAAAUUACGUCAUUGUACAAAAUGAGAUUUUAAUUUGGUCUCAAUACCAAUAAUUAUCAAUCGGCCAGUUUGAUAAUAAUAAUUGUUGCACGGUGUAGUAUAUAUAUUUUCUGUAUAAAAUUGAGAACCGUUAUAAAAAAGUUAUAAAAGACUCAUUUUGUUGGAUGACGUCACGUACAACCGGUAAAAAUAUGAACUACCUGUGUUAACUAAGUUAUCUGUAAGACGCCACUCCCACGAGCUUUUUUCACGGUUUAUUUGACCAGAUUACGUAAAGACCGUUUAAUUUGAUUGUAGGGAUGGCUCAAAAAAAGAGGGGGCUGAUCGGGAUUAUUUUAAUGCAACAAACUAAAAGUUCGUUUCCAAAUCGUUUCCAAGUUCGAAAAGUUUUUCAUGGAUCGUUAUUUAUUAAUCGUUAAUAGUCAUGGUUCGUUUUUAAAAACUUUGUAUUAUGUUAAAAUGGCAGCUGGUUUCAUAACAGUUCUAAGGAAAGUAUUUGCAAAGCUUUCCCUGAUUAGAACAUUAAAUUCGACAAUCAAUGUGUAUUAGCAAUCAAUUUUUUAGAUGGGUUGCCUGGCAGACUUCGCUACAAAGCGAUAAGGCCGCCUGUAUUCUAUUUCUUUCUUUAUGUUUCUAUUUUCUUGUAUAUAUCCUUUUUAUUUUAAGUGGUGCACAAAUAAAGUGUAAUAAUAAUAAGCAAAUUUAGUAACAAAACGCUUUAUUUAUUGUCCUACGCCAGAAAUGGGUCAACUAAUUCAAAAUCUUAGGAAGCCCUGAUUGAAUUUAUUACUGUAGGUAAGGCAGUAUAGAAUCUUUAAAUUUAAUCUGCCACUAAAAGUUUUUGGAUCAGAAUGAUUAUUGAAUUCGGACGUUAAUAGACGAUCCAAAUGGUAAAGCAACUAUGCACCCCAAACACAAUACCAAUUAGGUUUAAAGCCGUCAAAUGAUUAUGCUUUUUUUAUAAAUUCGUGUGUGUACAAUAACAUUCAUGAAUAUAUUUUAGACCAGUAUUAGUUUUGAUUCGUAUAGGAACGUUAGCCUUCCCGAUCAGUAACUACCUUAAUGCGAACUAACUUGGCUGGAGUGUCGUGCGUUAAAAAAUGACUUUAAUGUAACAGCGGUUGAAACCGCAUUUCGAGCCAAGACACUCCACCGUCGCUCUUUCAUACACAUAACUUAAUAGUUUAAAUUUUCCGACGUUACUAAAGACGUAAAAGAGUAACUAUUAUUAAGGGCAGCUAAGUGAGAUGCGAGCGCGUUUGCGUGGAGUGGCUGCGGCGAAGUUUCGCACAACGUUGCCUCGAACAGCGUUCCUUGCGGGGCUUAAUUCGUCUGUUCAUUACUUGCAUAUCAGGGCAUACUAGCUUAGGCGUUGCGCAAACGUUGACAGCUUUGGUGUCACACUAGACACACAUAAGACAUAAUGAAAAUCGUGUUUAAUAUGUCCGUAUUCUCAGUGACUAUUCUAUAGCGUAAGCGUUAACUACGAUUGUAUGGAAUUAAAAGAGCGUUAUAAUUCUUGACAAUGGAUAGCGCUGCUUCAAUUACAUACAAAUCCUUGUUAACUGUAAUACGAUCAAAUAUGUAGAAAAUCUCAGACUAAGCACUCUGGAUUUAGACAGAAUCGCAGAUUGUUUUGACUGCAUCGAUCAAUUUAGUAGAUGGUUGUGUGGAGCACCAAAUUUGUUCGCACACAAUUUAUGUGAAAAAUUGCCCCGUUGGACUUCGUAAUUAGCUUGUUUACAAGAAUUUAGUAUCGGACCAAAAGUUGAUAUUGAUUAGAUAUUGAGUAUUUGUCAAGUAUUUUCUGUUUCAGGAUUAUAAUCGUAAUUUUUAGGACGUCACGCAUCAGCGCAAUGACAUGCGUUGACGUUUUAAAACUGCUUAAGCGAUAGAAGUAAUUCCAACGUAAAAACGGUGUAAAACCGAAAUCCCUAUGUUGAAUGUGCCCAGUGGUACAUUAAUACCUUGAGGAUGAUACAAACUUUUAUCCCGAGUCACUUCAAACCCGCGUACUUACCAAAGUGUCAACGUUUGGGCAGCACCUCUGCCAUGACAUUCAAUUCGUAUGAAUUUGUGACGUCAAAUAUAACUGUUCUUCUUUAAAUAGAAAGAGUUUUACGUCACAACAUGUCGUUAUAUUAAUGUCAUAGAGUAUCAAGUCCCAGGUAGCGAGCAUUUUCAGAUAUCAUGUAAAUGGGAAAAAAUAUUUGGUUUUAGCAAAUGUUACAAACAGAGAAUGACUUUAGUUCAUUUCCAUUCCAUUUAUUUGCAACAAUAUGGCUAAACAAGGUGGUAUGGUGAAUUAGAAUCGCAAUCAAUCAUGACGAUGGUUGUACCAUGUUACGGUAGCCCACACCGAAUUUAAUGUUUAUUACUGUGAAUUAUUGUAAAUAUUAAAAUGUAGAUAAUGAAAUAAAAAAUUAUUUAUUGACUAGGCGAAAAGUUAUUUCAUAAAAUUCAGAGCUUGGCUCUAAUGUUCUGUGUAAUUGGUGUUAUAACUAUGCGCAAAAGUGUAUUCUGACGUCAAUUUUGAGAAUACUCCACUACGAGCAUUGUCAUUGACGUCAGGAAUUGCUGUGACUAGUGUGGUACUAUUUGAAAGCCAUAGAGAAUUCAGUGCCCAGUGCUAAAUACUGAACUUUCACUAUGAGAGUCCCACGCUAUCAAUUUAAGUCGUUUUCGGCUAUCGAAACAAAAAUAUCGAAGGAAAAUGGACCUUUAGGUUGUUUGUUUUAAAGUCCUAUAUGCUGAACAGUUGUUUUAUUAUUUUACAAACGUUUCGUUAGGAUAGAAUAGAAGAGUGAACAAACUUAAGGUUUAAAUCAAGGUGAAUUAGAUCCAUUUUACUCUGAAGUUACAGUAUUUCGAUACUCGACAACGACUGUUGCUGCAAGCGAGCGUGCUCAUAUCAUACUUAGAGUACUGAUUAUAGUCUGAUAGAAUAUAGUCCUGCCGCAAAUGCUCGUGCGUAGCUAAAUCUUGACAAGCUCUUGUUUUUAUCAGUAUUUCUUAUUAUUAUGAUUUCCACCUGAUUAAGGCACUUUACCUCAUUUUAGUGAUUAUAUUAUUCGUAAAAUUGUGGACUGAUAAGAUAAUUUCCAAUCGAUGUGUUCCUCGUGUGAUUUGUGUGCGUGUUGUUGUAUAUAUAAUGUAGUGUCGGGGUGGCGUUGUGCUAUAUGCUCAGUUUAGAUACAAAUUCACCAAACUAUUAAGAUAGUGGUGUUUAUUCGGUUGUAUACAAAUUCCUAAACUGCGGCCAAUAGAAAGCGUUAAUUAAUGUGAUUUAUUUGCGUCAGAAGGAAAAGAACAGAUAGUAAGUAUAUGUAUCCUUUUCUCUCGCACGCAAAUCAAGUCGAAAGUUUGUUAACAUUAAUUAUUGAUUUUUAUUGACCAUUGUUAAUACAGGUCUAUAAGUACAACAAAAAGAAUACCAAUGCUUUGUAAUAGCCUGUCAAUUUAAUUCUGUUCAGAUAUUGUGUACAAUCGAAUGAAACCAAGUGUAUAAUUUUUAUAUUUAAUUUAAUGAAAACCGAGUACCUAUUAUUAUUAAUAAUUUUAAUAUUUAUAUUAUUAAAAAAGUUACAAGAAUUAGCAAAAAAUAGUUUUGAAUAUCGAUGUAUCCUAAAAAUAACCCUUGUUUAAAUAUAUUUUAUACCAAGUUAAU